AUGCGUUUAACAUCUCUCUUGGAUCUCUCCCUCCUUAAGUCCGAGGCAUUUUCCCCAUUCCUUGAUCGAGAUGUUUCCGUCGUUGUUGGCAUCGCAUCCCUCAAGGAAUGGCUUGAUGCAGGACUCCAUUGGGAUGACUGGAGCGGUGAUUGGGAUCAACUCGUGGUGGGAGACGGACUGGAAAUAGUUAAGGUUGUAACUCUAUCCGUUUUUAACAGUUUUGAGACUUUACUAUUACAAAUUGCAUACCUGGAAGAGCCAGUCAGCCAUACGCUCUGGGAAUUGAGCCAUGUGCUCUUCGGUGCAUUCGUCAAGCUUCUUGCACUCUCCAAGAUACUCCAAAUGGACUUUGGCAUUGGUGGCCUUCUCGCAUUCCUUGGACUUUCUCUUGCACAAGCAUCUCUCACGGUAGAGAUCGCAGAGGGAGGUGAAGGUUUGGUUGUUGUUGGCGCAGACCUUGUCCAUCGGGUUCCCAUCGAGUUCUGGGCACUUUGA